AAGAAGAAGAAGAAGAAGAAGAAGAAGAAGAGGAGAAGUUCCCAGCAUACCCUUCGGCGUGAACCCGCGGUGACAGUCUCCUGGUGAAUGAAUUGAUCUCAGUCUGAACACCUUGUUUUUUUUUCCCGGGAGAAACUCAACAGUUUUUAAUUUAACGAAAUCCCCAGUGAUGAUCUGGAGCUAACUCUGCGUUAUCACUGCUACAGCCUCUUCAUCCUCCUCCUCCUCCUCCUCCUCCUCUUCUUCAGUGUCACUGCUCAUUCAACUCAGCAGCACAGCCAUGAGGACUCUUUGGACUAAGGCCGGCAUUUUAGGUUCAGUGUCCGUAGCUUUCGGCUCAAUGCUGUGGUCACAGAAAAGCACCGACUCCGACCACGUUGCCUCCAGUUGCACCGCUACCGACACAAAUCCCAGUUCUCCCUACGAACUGAAACUGGUCCAAGUCCUGUUCCGACACGGGGCUCGAACCCCGUUAAAGUCAAUACCUAAUGUGAUGGAGGUCCAGUGGUUGCCAACGCUCUUGGAGCCUCCAGCUCACACCCACAUCAACUACGUGGUGACAGAUCUUCACGGCGGCCCCAGGCCCUCAGCGCCUGUAGAAGACAGCUAUCGGAGGAACAUACUGACUGGUGGCACGUUCCCCGGUCAGCUGACCACAGUGGGCAUGCAGCAGCUGUACGAGCUUGGAUCGAGGCUGAGGAGGAAGUACGUCGAGGAGAUUCCCUUCCUCGGCUCCACUUUUACUCCGGCUGAGGUCUAUGUGCGCUCCACUAACAUCGUGAGGACCAUUGAAUCUGCCAAGUGCCUGGUUGCAGGGCUCUUUCAGCAAAAACAAAAAGAAAUUGUUAAUAUAUUAACAACGGAGGCAGAAUCUGAAAUCCUGUAUCCAAACUAUCACGGAUGCAAACUGCUCAAACUCCUCAGCAGCCACCGCUGGGCAGAGUCGUCCACUCUGCCAGACAUUGCAGUAGACCUGCAGAGCAUCCAGAGCGCACUGGGCAUCGCCGCUCACCAGCACGUCGACUUCAUCCUCAUUAGGGACGACAUGGUUGCCAGAGAGACACACGGCCUUGCCUGUCCGCCAGUGCUGGACACCUGGAGGAACAAGGUGGAGCAGAGAGCUGUGGAUAUGAUCUGCCACGUCUAUGAACCCAGCAAGAGAGAGAACUUGCAGCUGUGUGUGGGACCACUCCUGCACACAUUGUUAACCAACCUGGACGAGAAAGUGCAGGGCACCUCAUCGGAGCCAAACAGGAAGCUGUUUUUGUACUCUGCACAUGACACCACGUUGAUCCCCUGUCUGAUGGCUCUGGGGGUUUUUGACAUGAAAUGGCCACCGUACGCGGCGGAUAUCACCCUGGAGCUGCACCAGCACCGGCAGACCGAUGAGGCCUUUGUCAAAGUGUCGUACGUAGGCCAGGAUCUACAUAUUCCAGGUUGCAGUGGCAUCUACUGCCCCCUGCAGGAGUUUAAGGAGGCCCUCUCAGCGUAUUCCCUGAGCUCAGAACUCUACCAGUCACUUUGUGACAGCACAGGAGGCCUAACUGAGCCUUGAACCUACAACAAAUCCUCAUGUAUCAUGUUUACCAUGUUUUUUUUUCACAUGCUCAGUUUUCCUUCCAUCAUCAUUAUACCUCACUUUCAGACAACACUGGAAAAAGUCUAUUAUGCAAUUAUCUGCUAUCACAUGCUUAGUACAUAGGUGUUUGUUGGCUUUGUGAUAAAGGGUGGUGUUAUUCCUGAUGUUCCUUUUUGUCAACAAAUCCCAAAAUACUAAAACCAACAAUGAACCAGGGUUGUCAAAAAUUAUUAUUAAGUUUGAUUGAUUAAUUCUAGAAAAAUAACGAGUCUGUGCUGGAUGAGAACUCCUAAGUUAUCUUGUUCUCAUUUAACCCUUUGAGUGACAAACACUCUCUUUCUGACAGGAAGAGCUCAUGUAGUUUACUUAUAUUACUACGUAUAUACUGGUCUCACUGUGCGCUAACAGGUUAAAUGUAAAUGUAAGUUUUCUGACUCAGUAGAAAGCUCAACCUGAAACACGAGUGAUGCACAACAGCACGAAGCAUAACCACCAAUGCAGAUGCAUUGAUGGAAUUACACUGCCACAUUAUUUUAUGUUUACAUCUUGCAAAUUCAAACUUGCUUCCUACAGAAAAUAUUAAUUUAUAUGAUUUAGUUUCAACACAAAUUGGGCAGUCCUAUUAAAACAGAUCACAAACACAGUUCAUUUAAAAAAGAUUUCUUAAAAUGACUGGACUAGUUUUGGUGAAUGGUUCUUGGACAUGGGGAGUAAAUUGUGCUCAGGUUCGUUGUAUUAAGGAACAUAUCAUCCUGGAUCUUCUGAAGUUAUCUGACAACAAUCGUAAACUAAAUAAACAACAGUCAUUCUUGUUCAUAGGAUAAAUCGUGAAUUUAGCUCUUGGGGAUUUGUUGACAAGAAAAAA